AUGAAGCUCACUACUAUCACCGCCGUACUGGUUGGCAUGCUCUCCGUCUCUGUCACCGAAGCCACCGUCCUCCAGAUGUGCAAGAAGACAGGCAAAAGGGACUGCCUUCCUGUCGACGCUACCUGGUCCAUCUGCACCAACCUUGUAUCCAAGGAUGGCCGUCCGUACGUCUCUGGCUGGUCGACCGGCGGCGACUGCGACAUCUACGAGGGCCGCGACUGCAAGGGAACCGCCAACUCGAUCGACAAGGACGGAUGGUCUCGUUUCCCCUUCAACGUCUGGUCUGUUCUGUGUUAA